AGGAUCACACAAGGUCCCGGGGGCACGUGCUGUAGGGUAUCAGUAACCAGCCGUUAGCCACUUAACCCUUUGGCUGUCGGAAACUGCCAAGCAGACCGGCUCUAGAAGAAGGGAAAGAUCCUUGUGGGUGUGUCCGGUCUCCCUGUCCUGGCUGGGGAUUGAGGGGAGGAGGAAUGGAUGAGAGGAAGUAAUAGCCAGUUUAGGAGUGGGCGUGGAGGUGGGCGGGGAAGAUGAAGGUAGAAGCAGGGGUGGGGUCGAGAUGGGGAGAGAAUAGACCUGGAGGGAGGGGCGGGGUUUAGGGAGAGCUAGGCGGGGUGACUCUUAGCGUCCAGAGAACCCCUCCCUCACCCUCCUCCAGUGGCCUAGAGCAAAUAUGUCCUUGUCACUGGCUCAGUUUCCCCAAUCGGUGAAAAGAGGGAGUUAAUGACUUCAUGGUCAUUAAGGCCUCCAUUUUGGGAGAAUCGCUCUUUCGGGUGCAUGGAAGAGGAGAGAGCUAGGGGAAGGAGCGGGUGCCCCUCCGCUGCCCAGGAUUCCGGCCACGACUCCCUACCUGGGCUCCCCAGCUCUGGACUCUCCACCAUAAUGGUGUCCCUACUGCUCCUGCUGCUCCUGCCGCUGCCGGCGCAGCCACAGCUGGAGGACCUCUGCCAAUGGCGAGUGGUGCUCAACAAGUACGAGGCCUUGGGAGAGGGCAGCGAAAGGUUUUUCGACCAAGAACCAGUUUCCGCUAUAGACGCAUUCUUCAACAAACUGGAGGAUUCACCGAUCGACCAAAAAGAGACAUACUGGGGCUUCCCUUACUUCCUGAAGAUUAACUUCACCUGCCCUGGAGAGAAUUCAGAAGCCUUUGUCCGUGGAGGCCACCUUAAGGGCCUCAUCCCCAUCGUGCUGGUCAAAUUCCAAAACCGUGUGAAUUUCCGGGAGGGGAGGUCAGAAAGGCUGGAAAUCCAGAUGUCAGGAGCACCAUUCCAAACCCACACAGAGAGUUGUGGUAAAGAGGACAUAUGUAUCCCGAGUUGGUACACUCCGAUGCCCAUGAAAAAUGGCAGUGUAGUGAUGGAAGUUGAAAUCUCCAGCAACAACCAUGGAGAGCUCAUUGGUGAUGCCAGGUACAUGAUAAAUAUCAAUGGGUUUCUGAAAAAAGACAAGGACAAACUGAUCUUUACCCUGGGAAGUGAGGUUAUGGCCAUGACCCACAGGCACUUCAUCAAUGCACCAUCUAGGCCUGUCUGGGCUACAGUGGACCAGGCUCCUGUGCUCAUCCUUGGGGGUAUUCCAGAGGAGAAGAUGAUUCUCAUCUCUGACUCCAGCUUCAGGGAAAUCUCCCUGGUGGAGCUGAACAUCGAUAGCUGCUGGCUGGGCUCUCUUCAAUGCCCUCAGGAGCACUUCACGGCCUCCAUCUUUGACACCAUCUCCACUGAAAGUGUCCUCUUCAUCCGACAGAACCAACUUGUCUACUAUUUCACUGGCAACUACUCCCACUUUCCUCAAAAAGCAACCAGAAAUUGGAUCCAAGUCUUGCAUAAACGGUGUAUCAAGAAACUUUGUCCUGUGGAACUACACGGCAAUGGCUCUGAACACAUCUUGGCCUUGGCUGGGGGCAAUGAGGAGGGCUUCUUCUACCUUGGGACCAUCAAAGAUGCCACAGUGACUUUUAAGCAGUUGCCUCUCUCGAGCUCCAUAUGUGCUACUUUCCAAGACCCAAAGUGCAGUCUUCACUGGGUGAUAUACGACGUACACGAGGACAUUUUCCUGCUUCUCAUGGAGCUGGGCAAAGAGGGCCACACAACAUUCAGUAUUGUGCAGUAUGUACUGGUUUCUAAUGACUACCACCAUGACUCAGUCCAGUUGCUCUAUAAAAUUCCUCGUUUCAUCCCCGAGGGGAAGAAGGCAAGUUUUGUGAUGCUUCUGGGCAUGGAGGAGUACACAGAUUCCCUGCUGGUCCCCAAGGGUCUCCACUACAACCCUUUCUCCAACCUGCUAUACAUUUGGGGCAAUGCUAUUCUGCAGAGCUAUGACAAUAAGAAUUACAUUUACCUGGAUGAUUUCCCCAAGGAGUCCUCAGUAAAGUACAUGGCCAGCUCCUACAAAGGCGAAGUGAUCUGCGUCACUGAGAAUGAGGAGAUCUGGUUCAUUGUUGAAGGCAGCUUCAAGGUGCAUCGUCUGUACCCAUCAGAUGGCUGGCAGAUGCUUUUCACCCUUUCCCAGAUGCAGGCCUCAAGCCUAUAUUCAACCAACGAGACCUCAGUCAGUAUCUUCUAUGACAACAUGGGUCCACAGCAGCUAGUCUACCUGAUUAAUAAGAAAGGGGAAGGGAAGCUGGUGACAAGGCCGCUGCCAGUGAGUCAAAUCUUGGUGUAUCAGCUGCUGAGUCUCACAACCUAUAAGAUCAGUACUGAACUACCUCUAGAGACCCUCUCCUACAAUAACCCCUGCCCUUUUGAGGUGUUGCAGCUGAGGGACCUGCCGAACCCACAAAGAUACACACGAGUGGAGCGCUAUCGUGCACUGCCACCUUUUGUGAGCUCUGACGCUGGCUUCCACACCAAAGUCUCUUUGGCCAUUUACCAGGGCCUUGUCUACCACCUGCUCUGGCUGCACUCCAAGUAUAAUAAGGCCUAUGCUGAUCCUGUCCAUGACCCCACCUGGCGUUGGUGGAAGGACAAGAAGAAACAUAAGGAUUUCUUUUUCUAUAAAGCCAGUAACUUUGAGAGUAUGUAUGGCGUGCACAUUGAAAUGGAUGGCUAUGAAAAGCUUUAUAAAUUGAAUGCUCAGAAUCGCCUGCCUGAAUACAUCUACCUGGACAAGGGGGCCACCUACAGCUUCUCCAUUUACCUUGUCUCUCCGAAAAUUUCCUACACCAUUGGGAAACAAAAGAGGCAUUUGCGUCUGGCUGUGAUAAUGGCUGAUCCUAUGUGUGUGUCAGCAACAGUGAAGGAGCAGGCUUUAGUGAACCGAAAUGCCAUGCUCUUCCAGGUGUCUGUCAAGGACAAAAGCCAAUGCUUCAAACAAAGUAUCAGUGGACAUAACCUGAGGAAAACAGCCUUACACAUCAAGGUGGUUGGCUCAGUUGGGAAGUGCUUUGUUAGAACCCGGUAUGGACAUCUGAUGCAGGGUACUCACAUGAUUCGAAUUUACAUUGGCUGUCCCCCUCGCAAGCGGUUGGCUUUUGACUUCACCAUGACUGUUGAGCAGAACAGGAGGAUCAAUAAAAGAUACUUUGACUGUGUGCACAAAGAGGAUGAAAUGCCUUGCUUCUUAUUCAGUGAUUCUUUCUUUCCCUUCUUCCUGAUCCAAGACAUGGUGACUGGUGAGUCAGGAAGCUUCAAUGGCAGCUAUGUCCUGAAGGUGAUUGGAGGAGGCACUUCCAAGCACAAUAUUGUGGAUUACUCAGAGGCUGACAUCUACCGCUACAACAGUCCUAAAGACAAUACUGACAGCCUCAUCUGGACUGUCAGGGACAACUGGAUGGAUCACCAUUCCUUUAGCAUCCUGCAGCAUAACAAGACUGGCAUUGAGUGGCUGUGCCUGAAGAACUCUCCUUGCCAUGAUGUCGUGCCCCACUCUUUCUAUUCUCCUGAAUUCUUUUUCAAAAUCAUGGUGAGCAACAGGGAUGUGGACACGAGCUCCUACUGCGAUUAUCAGCUCACCUUCCUCCUCCAUGUCCAUGGCCUCCCACUCAGCCCUCAAAGGGCCCUCUUCUUCCUGUGGGUAACCCUGUUUGCUGCCUUGAGCUUUGUCUUUUUCUACCUCUUCUCCUGCUUCCUCUGGCCACGCUUAAAGAGCUGCUGGAUAUUCAUCAAGAUGAAGUUCACUGAUCUCAUCACUGAAGAAUCUUUCUAUACAUACACAACAUCUGCUACUUCUGUCCCCUCAAUGGUCAGCUCCAGGUUGAGUGCAGGAGAGAGGACUUCUGUUCGGUCAAGAUCUAAGAAAAAAAUUUGAGGCUAUGAUAGCCUCCACCUAUCCCUUCCAGCUUGUCCUUCUCUUUCUUGGCCUCUCCCCUUCCAUCCCUACGUCUUCCAUCCCUUUCCAUCCCUUCUGGCCUAUCAGCCUCCCUUCCAGUCUCCUGUCAGUCCUCCAUAGAUGCCCCAUUCCUCUCUAACCCAGCAUCUCCUGAGACCAUCUAGCCUCUCCCUUUCCCUCCCAAGUUCCCCUGUCAUUUUCCAUCCCUUUUGGCAUCCUCUUUCCCUUCCAGCCUCUCUCAUCCUCUGGAUCAGUCAAUAAAAAGCCAUGUCU